UAUCCUCAAACACAUUAGACGUAUACCGUCGUCCAUGCUAUUGGACGAAGAAUUUCGUGAUUUCGUCUUCACGAAACACCAGCGUCCACAGAGGCGUUGUACGCGUGUGCAUAACAGCUCUUUUAGCAUUUCCUGAGGCGAAUUUGGUUGGUUCGGUGCGAAAGCAACAUUCAAAGCCAAGACGCCGAGUUUCCGGUUCGUUUAUGCAGAGCCAGAGGCUCUGGCUACGGCUGCGACUACGGCACAUUCGACAGAAAUCACCCUCCUCCCCUUACCGCCUCAAACUGAGCAACGCUACGCCAUUGUGUUCGCGCGUAAGCACGAAGAAUUCCUGAGUCAAAACGCUGUUGCAAAGAGCAAAGGACGCACUGCGCCUUGUAUUCGCGAUGACGUCUUCGAACUGGAGCGAGAACUGGCAACUGAGCGCUUACGAACUCCAACGACUCCCCCACAAAUUGGUCACAGACGAUACGGAGGUAAUCGUUGGCGAGGAACGCUACGGCCCGGAUUUCACGUGCCCCAUCUGCUUCGGCUUGUUCAGGAAAGCUGUGGCGACGACGGAUUGCCUUCACCGCUUUUGCGAGGAGUGCAUCACCACGUCGCUGCGCAGGUGCAACAAGGAAUGCCCGACGUGUCGUCGUAAGCUCGUCUCGAAGCGGUCGCUGCGGCGUGACUACCGCAUGGAUGCCAUGAUAGCCGCGCUUCUCCCCAACUACGACGAAGACGGCGCGUCACCGGCCGAGCGCGCGACUGCUUCGCAAGGCGCCCAGCUUCGCGAAGGCGUGAAACCCGGUGUUCUAAAGCAAGCAUGUGAGAAGAGCAUCGUCAAAGACAGUGACGUUGGCCCGAAGCGUUCUGUUAAGAAGGCUCGCGAUGAGCCGAUCUCGACGGCGAUUGGGAACGAUUUGGCUCCGACGACGGCUGACGCGGGUUGUGUCGAAGUGAAAGCAAACGUUCCGCAAGUAUCGGCACUGACUUCACCAACGGCACAGCGAAGGUGUUUGUACGUAUUCCAGCAGCCUCGGCAGGUAGGCCGUGUAUCACAGGCGUUCGCGGCGGGCGCAGACGGCGUCGCUCGUAAGGGAUCGGACUACGGGUUGACCUCGCGACGCGCCGAGGGGCCCCAGGAGCCGAACGCUGGCGCUCGCCGUGUUGAUGCCAAGGUUCUCGGAGAAGGUGCCCGUCCCCUGCCACCUCCAAGCGUCGCAUUCGCCGGGAUAGCGCGGCGGUCCGCGUCCAACGCCGUGUCCGCGGCUUCUCCGGCGCAGGUUGACCACGACGCAACGGAUACGAGUGAAGAGGCAAGCCGCGUGACUUCGGCACAACGCAGCGAGCUGAUUCAGUCGGAGAAUUUCCGCGCAGACACAGGUGAGACGUCCGAAGAUGCGAGAGGCGAAUCAGCAGCCGAUGCUGACGCCAUGCCUACCGCCGCUGCUGACCGCGAAUCAUCCAGCACGGCCCUCGCGCCACGGCGUAUCCGCGACUACGUAAUGACGCUGAAGCCGCUCCUCGAUACUUUCUUGGGAAACGCCGAGUCUCCGACGCUGCGUUUGAGAAUGAUGGCGCAGAUCACGAUGCAGGAUGUCGCCGCUCACCUCAGACAUCGUCUUUCUCCUGACAGCGUGAAUCGUAACGAACAGCGAUUACCAAUGUACCGCAUAUACGCGGCCAACGAGUCGGGCGUGGUAGUUGUACUCCCUGACACGAUGACGGCGGAGAAUGCCGUUAAGACAGUAAUUAAAGACGGUGCGCGGCUGGAACUGUACUACGCGCUGCAGAAGCCUUAAAUCUGGGCUUGUUUCCUGUCUACUCCGCCAAAGACAU